AUGUUCCGAGCAGACGCAGCACUCGUUGUCACAUGGUACAAUACAGCAUCAGCCGUUUCCGGGCGAUCCGACAUUGAUGCCGGUCAACUGGCGACGUAUCAAGCGAUUUGGUUGACUGAUCAGCCAGGCCGUCUCAGCUAUGUGAUUCUCAACUACGACAAGCUCGGUUUCGAUGCUGCGGAUUUUCGUGCGAAUUCACGAAGUGGUCGUUGUCAGGCACUUUUCAAUGGUGGCAAUCAUACGGGUACAGUACCAGUUGAUCCCACAUUUAUGUACAAGAACACACCGAAGGUACUGGCCCAACGUUCAGGUGUACCUCAUAUGGUAAGAGGUCGCUAUAUGUUCCGUGUUGACGAUGUGGUUAGACCGGCUGGUUGCUCGAAUAAAACUGGUGGAACGUUUCCAAUGCUGAUCUAUCCGAACAUAGUGAAUAUGUUGGGUGAAAUGACGGUUGAUGUGAAUGCGCUCUGUUUGGAUCGUACACAAACUUAUAUUCUGAUGAUUGAACAACGACAAACGGCCACAUGCGAUGUGCUGAAUUCGGCGAUCGCUCGUUGUCAUCUACCGAAAAUCUACGAUUGGGGCACGAAAACGGUCUAUUUUCAACCACAAACCGGUGGUGCUAACGAUGAGAAAGCAUUUGUUGGUUACAUUUACUUCGUGCCACCUACGCUUGAUCCGAUGCGAUUGGACAUUGGAAACAUUUAUGAUUGGUUCAAGAAUCCCAUUCAGCAUUCGGUAAGCACCAUCCGCCUUAGCUUAUUGUAA